UUUAUUUGUUUUGAAAAUGAAGGUAGUGAUUAACCUAAAAACAUUUUUGUUCCCACUAGACGUUAGUGCUAUGUGAGGUCAGUGAACGUUUGAAAUUUGCAUAGUCUUUACGGCAAGGAGUGUGAAUAGGGAAAUAUAUUUUCAGCUCACUCGUUAAAUAUGUAGGAAACUCACUAACCUUUCCAGUGAAAAUAAUUGAAAUUAUAUAAAAAAAAAAUGGAACCAUUUGCAGGUUCAAAAGAACAGUUUGACAGGUGGCUUGAUUCCGUCGUCGCGACCUUCUUGGAGCUGUCGCCACGCCAGCAAGAGUCGACGCUGGUGAGCCUGAUCGGCGAGAGCAGCCCCGAGCUGAAGCACGCGCUGGCGGGCCAGGUCGCCGAGAUCCUGCAGCGGGACAUCCUCAGCUCGCUGCCCCGGGAGCUGGUGGCGAAGGUGUGCUCGUACGUGGACGGCGAGUCCCUGCGGGCAGCCUGCGGCGUCAGCAGGAACUGGGACAGGAUCCUGUCGUCCCUGGAGGAGGUCUGGCGUGCCAAGUGCUGUCAGGACGGGUUCCGAAAGAUGCCGGGGGGCUGUUGGAGAGAGCGCUACGUGCACGGACAGAGGUUCCUGCGAGGAGUGCGCUCCGGCGAGGCGUUCUCCUGCAAGUCGCUUCGAGUGAACAUGUUUGGCGGCGACGGCAUUUCCGAGCUGUUCGUCAGCGAUGGAUACUUGUUUGCAAGCGCGGGGAAGCAGGUGUCGGCGUGGCGCGUGGGCGCCCGCGCUGACGGAGUCCCGGCGCUGUACUUCACCGCCCGCCACCGCGUCAGCGCCAUGUGCGAGCGCGGGCCACGAAGCCUGGCGCUCGGCCACACCUCGGGCCACCUGUCCUCGUGGGCGUGGGGGGGGCCCGGGGACGGCGGCGCCGCGGAGGAGGCCUCGCGCGUUGCCGCGCACGUGGGCCCCGUGGCGUGCCUGGCCGCCGCGGUGGGACCGGGACUGCUGGCCAGCGGCGGGGCGGACCGCUGCGUCAAGCUGUGGUGCCUGCGCACCGAGCAGCUGCUGCUGAGGCUCGCCGGCUUCCCGUCCAUCGUCACGAGGGUGAUGUUAAUGCCAACUUUGUACGCGGAUGAAUCGGGCAGUAGGAGAUUUGUGCUGCUGGCGAAGGCGAGGAACGUCAUAAAACUGUACCGGUGGUCGCCGAAGCCGAGCGAUGUGCACAGCUCGUGUGACCACGGCGUCUCGGGCGACGAGAUGUCGGCCGGCGCGGCGACAGUGGCGACGGAGGACCACUGCAGGAGCCGCUGCCCCGACCAGUUCCGCCUGGCCGGAGGGACGACGCUGGUCCACGCCAGGACCCGGCCCCGCAGCGAGGCGGCGUUGUACGACGUGGGCGGCCGGCGGGAGGUGGGGGCAGUCCCGCUGACGGGCAGUUUCCCGUUUGUCCUCGCCGCGGGCGAGAAGUUCGCGCUGCUGAUGCAGGAGGCCGCGCCGCCCGGCUACGGCUUUGCCCUGCUCAACCUCCACACGAGGUCCGAGGUGGCCAAGUGGACGCUGCCUGCCUCCAAGUUCCUCCCCGGUUCCUGUGGCCCGGGUGCAGCGACCAUCCCUCGAUGCUUCUCCGCAAGACUGCCGCUAGGGUGUGACCGCCGUGCCAUCCUCGGAGCUGCGGUUCCCGACGGCCCGUGGCUCGACGACCUGGGCCACCAUUCUCCCGGCCAGCUGGUGCUCGCGUUCGCGGACGCCCCCGACCGGAUAAACAUGGUGUUCUGGAGCUGAGCAUGAGAACAGUGGCGUGGGUUUUUAAAAAUCCAUUAUGCUUGCCGUAACAUCAUUCUUCCCAGAACUUGCGAGAAAGUUCAUCAGUGCUGAUUGUAGCCUGAUUUUCAAGUUUAAGGUAUGACUUCAGCUCAUCUCUUUAUCUUUUAAUGUUGCCAAACCUUACGAAUGAUUGCUACUGUUAAGCAAGGCUAGUGCUGAAUCUACUCAAUUUUAAAGAUGCACAUUUUUGUGUCUUUUUGCUCUCAGUAAAUGGGGGUACGACAUGCUAUCGGUGGCAUUCUUCAUUAGAAGAAUUUUCUCUAUUCAACGGCACACUUUUAGUAUGACUUUCAAGUGCUGAAUGUAAGGUGUGGUGUAUAAUAUAUUUACAAACUCAUCAAUAUCGCUGGGAAAAGAACAGAUAAGCAGGUUUUUUUAGUGAAUCAGUUAUCCAAGAUGUUGCACCCAAAAAAAGUAGUGUCUAGUCAGCAAUUGCAUUAAAAUAAUAUACCGGUCAUCACAAACACAGCAUGUUGUUAGUAAGGCUAUACUAUUUAUUUCAGAAAGCUACUGGAACCUUAAGGCUUGGUUUCAUGCACCAUUUUGUUCAUUUUCUUUUUAUGUCUAACAUCUUAGCUCUCGGUAUACGGCAUUUGUGAGGAGUCAUUUUGUGAAUGCGAUGGAAGUCACAUGUGUAACCACGGUGCUCAUCUGUGGUAAAUUGCGCGAACCAGUUUUGACAAAACCAAAAGGAAACUUUAUGAUAUUAACUGUUUAUAAUUUAUUUUAACAAGAUGGGCAAUAAUUUAAUAAAAUUACUUGUCAAAAUUCAAGAAGUGGAGUUUAGAAUUUUUUUAAGUCAUUUUCGCUUUUAUCAGAGCCAUUUCAUUAUAUAGUUUGGCCCUUCAAUCUGCAAAUGGAAUGAUUUGAUAGUUGACGUAGCUGCUCCGGCAGCGAAUUCUAGUUGGGGGUGUGGACACUAUGUGUGAUUCACAUCCAGAAAUUUAGUUGGAAAAUACAAUUUGGGUACAUUUAUCACCCUCAAUAUUAAUGUAAAGAAUUCUAUGUUAAAUUUUGUGUUAGUCUUGUUAGUUAUAACGUGUAUUUGCAACAUGAGAACACAUAAUUUUGCUCAUUACCAAGGUUAGAUAUUAGUGAUGGGUUGGGCCAGGUUUCUUGGUUCUCUGUUCCCAGUUCCGCUGGUUCUCAGCAAAUUAACCGGCACAGAGAACCAUAAAUAUAAUGUCAGGACCGGUACUGGUACCAUGGAAAGCAUAACAGCUAAGCCUUUCCCUGUGAAAACAGAACAGUCUCACGGUAAAACGCUGCAGUAUAUUGCCAGCUACCAACACGCACAUGUAAUUUUGCUUCACUUUAAACACCAUGUGACAAGAGAAUGGUUGGUAAAUCUUUUAAAAAUCGCAGGCGACACUGGCAAAGAGCAGUCUCCCGUUACCUUCCUUCACCGCCUUGCACUCACCGCUAGCCCGCCCAGAUGGAAAGAUAACGCUGGCAGUAAGUGUCAGACGUUAACAGGGUUCUUUAUGUCGAAAUCCCUAACCUUUUUUGUUCCUCUUUUCACUAGCAGGCGGGGAUGAUCAUCGUUUCAACUAAACAUAGACCUAUAGAAAAAUAACACAGGCUCAAUAUACUUUUAAAAAUUAUAAAAAAAAUUAAACCGCCACGAUUAAAAGUUGUCUAAUACUAAUUAACUGUAGGUAUUACCGACAAUUUUUGCAGCUUUACAUCACGUACAUAUAACUAGAGACCCAGAAGUGUAUUAAUAGAAACUGCUCAUAAUCUGCUGGGCCGCUGUGAGUUUAAUGAACUAUUUAGUAUAAAAAUUAUGCUCAAAAAAUUAACAACUCUUUUUUUAGUAAAUGUUGGUUGAAUUGAAAUGUGCUUUAAACUCUCAAAAAAAUUAUCCUUGAGUUUUUAAGAACUUUAAAAAAUAAGUUUGCAUCAGAAUCAUUGGCUUUUUAUAUUUGAGUAAAUGAGUCAUACUGUAAUAUCCGCAUUUGUUGAUUUCCGUAGUUGAAGAUGUAAUUAUUGAAUGGUAUGGAAAUGGUGGAUAACUUAUACUUCCUCUCUAUCAUGACAUGUUUUACAUAUUUUUUUAAUUCCGUACACCUAACAUAAUCAAAAAUCAACUUAAAUAUCUGGUUUCAUUGGGCUUAAAAUAAUACAUCAUUACAAACGUGAAUUUUUGUAUCUUAUAUUCUUCUUCUAUGAUUCAUUAAGUUAAUAAACUCAAAAUACAUUUACAAAUUUUAUAAAAUAAUACCUACAAGUACAGUUUUUUUUUGUGCAUUAUUAAAAUUUGAUGUAACAUACAUACUUAUAAAGUCAUGUACAACCUAGAAGAGAUUUUUUUUUCUCUCAAUCUGUGCUGUAUAAUUACAACAUUUUUUUUUAAAUUAUUUUUAGUUUCAUCAUACAUAAGAUACAGUACAACCCGGUUAUAACAUUCCCGUUUUUAACAUUUUCCCGCCUAUAACACCAUUUUUUCAUGGUCCCGUCAUUUCUCCAUUUAUCACAAUGCUUUAAUUUCCCGCCUGUAACAAUAUUAAAAUUUCUACAUUCCCGCCUUUAACGUUCAAAUUUGCUUUGAUAACUGCCACAAUUUGCAGUAUCCCUUCCUUCAAAGUCAUAAUUUAGAGCGAAACCAUAGCUAGAAAAUACAGCACGCAUAUACAAACAUCAGAUGUUUACAUUUGAGUAUUUCACCAUAGACAUGGUACACACGCACUCCACAACUUGCACCGGAUCGACUAUCAAUAUGGCGUCCUGUUCGCUCUUAUUGGCCUAUGACUUGUUCCUUUAUACUAAUGAUGCGCAUUUUGUGCACUAAUACAUGGUCGGAAACAGUGCUACUAUAGUCUAUGGUGCUGGUUUUUGUUUCAAAGGUUUAACACCUUGAGAUGGUUAACUGUUCUAUGGAUAUAUUCACGGCUUUUGUUUGUGGUUAACCUUUACUAGACUUGCGCAUAAUAGUUCGCGACCGGGAGCGCUCCUUUUAGUUCGCAGCUCCUUGGCGAACUAGGUCGCUCUUUUAGUUCGUCCGCUCCCAUCUCGAAUUCAAAGAAGACAGGUCACAGAUAGUUCGUUCGCUUUGCUACCGCUACUGCAGGCGAUCUUCUUUGUAUGUUAUAAUAGUUAUUUUUUAUAAUGAUCAGUGUUGUGAACGCCUAGAUUAUUAUCCUUUUUUGGGUUAUUAUACAUCAAAUGAGUAAAUAAAACAAUAAUUUACAUAAUUGGGUGAAAUGGCGUAUAUAACAGUUCUGUUUUUAUUCUUCACUUAACAUACACUAUAAUCGAAACAUUUUAAUUUAUAAAAGGGUUUAUUUUAUAGCUAGUUUAAGAAAUAUUAUUUAUGAAAUGCGUUUAUUUUAGUGAAUAAAAUACCGUUUUAUAAAUAUACAAAUUAUAUUUUUUUUAAGAAAUAAUCAACAAAAAUGUGUUAUUAUGUACAGGCUACAAAAUUACGUAAAUUAUUAAGAAUAGAGACCCAUUACUCUUCUAAUUUGUUACCUUACAAUUAGAUAUAGAAAAAAAGCCGUAAUUAAUACCCGAAAGGGAAAAAGAGUGACGACUUUUGAUAAGAGCCAGAUCAUGUGCACAGAACUAAAAGAAGGAGAUCGGUAAAAGAACGAGCUAAUGAACUGAGGAGCGAGGGAUCUGGGAACUAGUUCGCGUAGUUCGUCUGUGGGAGCGCUCUUCCGAACUAGUUCGAUCGCGAACUACACAAGUCGGACAGCCUAAGGGCCCUGACACACGAGCGACCGAGUCGCGCGACUGAGACGCGCGACUCGGUCGCCGGGAAAUCGCUUGCCAUAAGAUAGCAUGGGCGUGGGUGAGAACCUGGCACACGGGCGACUGAGCGCGUCUCCAUCGCGCGUCUGUCGCCAGCAGACGCGAAUCCCCGCGACAGAUCGCGGCGACCAGUCGUGCGGGAGCCUUGCACACGGGCGACUUUUAGCCGCGCGUCCGAGCGACUGUCGGUCAGUAUCUGGUUGUAUGUGCUGGCGAGGAAGAUGGCGUUCGAUUGUGACCGUUUUAUAAUCGAAAUAGAAUCAAGGCCAGCUAUUUGGGAUUCCAGAUGUGAUGAGUAUGCUAACAAAUGCAAAAAGGGAAAGGCAUGGGAAGAGGUGUGCGAUAUGUUCGUUGAGAACUUCAAAGCCAUGGAUAGCGUCCAUAAAAAUAAAGCAGGUAAGUGUAAUUUAUAAAUAUAAGUGGUUAGUGGUGAUCUGAAUAUUUCGUGCAGCCCUGCAUUCACUUUAUUUGUUUCAAAUGUAUUAUAAACAUAAUUGUUCUACGUGAAGCCUAUUUACUAGACAGAGUAUUGCAAUAAUUUUAUAAAACUUAUAAAACUAAUAUAAUAUUUUUUUUCAUUAUUCCUUUAUAGAAACGUUACUACGUUUUUAAAUGAUUUACAAUCGUGAAGAUUACUGUUCAAAAUAUUUACAUUAUUGUCGAAACUGUUUGGAUGUGCCCGCUGCAUUUUCGUAUCGGGUGUUCUCUUCAAACGUCCGUUUAAGUAUUCAUAUUACCACGAACCACCUGAUAUUGGCAAUAAUUACAACACAUGUGAAAUAUUGUAUAGUUAAUAUAUCUCUUAACAACAAACAGGUGUGAAAUUUUAACAGUUCGUGUUAUUCUUCCCUCAUAAAAUACAAAACCACUGUGCGUGCAUGUGAGUCAUUGCCAAUGUAAAUAAAUUAGCUAUUAAUGGAAGGGUUUGUUUUCAAAUUACAUUGCAGUAUUUUGCUUCUACGCGGAAUUCAUUGUAACUUACGCUUAUGUCUAAUGUUUACGAUAAACAUAGAAAUACAAGUAAAAUACGAUAUAAUAUUGUUACGAACGUGGGAACGAUAGGGUUCGAAAGGAUAGCCCCUUUUUUUAAUUAAUUAUCACUAUUUUUAUUGGUGCUACUAUUUACAGUUUUAUUUACAAGUUAUCCUGGCUUGAUAUAGGCUCGAAAUAAAGAAAGUCUCUCUCAGUCCGUCACAGUCUUACCGCAGCCACAGAUCGCCGUAAAGUGUCCGCCGAUGUCACACAGGGCACUUGCUGGCUUCGCCGAUGUUAUACACUCUCUUCCCAGAAGUCGCCCGGUCUUCGCCGCCUCGUCGCACAGGUCUUCGCCUCUCCACACUGCGCCAGACGCGCCACACAAUUAUCUGCUCUGAUGCAACCGCCCCCUGCUGAUAUAUAGAGGUCGGCCUUACAUUUAGAACCUUCGAGAUGCUCUUUGACAUUGCGCAACUAGGGACGUCCAGGAUUACGUGCUGGGGCCGGCGACGAUGUCGGAGAACAUUCAAGAACCGUUCCAUUGACCGACCAGGUGCAGCCAGGUCAUUAGCGCAGGCAGGGCGAGGGUGAAGGGGGGGCAGGCAGGCCGCGUGUCAUCAAGAUAAAGAUAAGGCACGCGCGGCGCUAAUCUGUUUCCGAGAAGAGCAUCGCUCCGUCCCCACUGCGACUGGGCUUGCACGUAACAAUAUAAUUAAAAGUAGCGUAACAACUAACAUAAUUCCAAAGUGAACACAUUUUCGCAUACGGAAAUUUUGUUUUCUCUAUAUUUUGUUUAUGCCACAAAAUUCACCAUGGCUACUGUCCAAUGUAACGGUUAUACGGUUAUAACUAUUACGUUGUUGAAUGUGACACCUCUAUAAAAGUUAAAUUUCACUAGUAUUGUUCACUCUUCAAAGCAAAAAAUAUUGCCAUGGCACUGACCCUUGUUCACUAGAAAAGUAAUCGGAAAACUUUUCUCGGAUUGUUAAAGCUGAUCGUGUAUUUCCUGGUCGUGUAAGCGGCUCCCCUUCAUCUAGUCCCACGACGUUCAGAGUGCUGUCAAAUUCAACACCAUCCCUUUCUCUAACAAAAUUGUGUAAAAUACAACAUGCUUUCACUAUAGUUUCUGCGUUUUCAAUUUUCACGUCCAAUGGCCUGUGAAAGAUACGCCACUUAUUUGUAAGUAUGCCGAAAGUGCAUUCGAUGUAACGUCUGGCUCGUGACAGCCUGUAGUUAAAUAUUUUCUUUUUUGAGUAAGAUUUUUCCCACCAUAAGGCCUCUGCAUGUGAGUUGAAAGAGCAAAUGCUUCGUCACCUACGAAGGUAAAGGGAAGUGGCUCUCCAUUUUCAACUAUUGGCCUAUCACUUGGGAUGUUCAACGUAUUAUCCUUCAUCUUCUGAAACAGCUCACUGUUUUUAUAUAUUGCUGAGUCUGAUGAUUUUCCAUAAGAACCAACAUCAACAAAUAAAAACCUAUAAUUAGAGUCGCAUAAUGCUAACAACACCAUGGAAAAAUAUUUCUUGUAGGAAAAAUAGGUUGACCCACUUUUAGCAGGUUGAAUAAGCCUUACAUGCUUGCCAUCUAUUGCUCCUAAACAGUUUGGGAAAUUUGCACGUGUUCCAAAACCGUCAGCAAUCUUCAGCCAGUCCUCUUGCAUUAACUGCGGGAAACAUGCUUCAUGUAAAAGCCGCCAUAUUGUUUCACACACUUCAAUAACAAUCUUGCGACAUGUGGAAAUUCCACAACGGAAUGUGUAAUGCAAUUCUGUGAACGAACAUCCUGUAGCAAGGUACCUGCAAAAAAAAAAAACACACACACUAAAAAUAUGCACCUUACAUUAUUGUUUUUUU